AUGAGCUCGGGUGCUACUAAGUUUGUGUGUCCUUAUGAGUUUUGUGGUGCAGUCUUGAGGAGAAAACAGAUUCUACAAAUCCAUAUGCUCCGGCAUGAAGGAGUGAAGGAGUUCGCUUGCCAAUUGUGCCCUAAAAGAUUCGUGACAGCAACUUGUCUUAAGACCCAUUCCCGUGUUCACAGCAGAGAAAAACCGUACGCAUGUGCUGUGUGCCCCGCGUCAUUCCUCACAUCUUCGAUACUCACAGUUCACAUGCGUCUCCACACCGGCGAAAAACCCUACGUCUGUGAGGAAUGUCCUCAGAGAUUCCGGAACAAGAGUAAUCUCUCAAAUCACAUGCGAACACAUACCGGAGAGAGGCCCUUCCUCUGUUCAAAAUGUUCGAUAAGGUUCACCUCAUCGAAUGCUCUCGUGAAGCACGAGCGCACACACACUGGCGAGAAGCCCUUCGCUUGUGACGAAUGUGAUAGAAGCUUUGCCCAAAGGGGGGGACUCAUUGCUCAUAAGAGGACGCACUCUGGGGAAAAACCCUACGAAUGCUCAACGUGUUCCGCCCGAUUUGCGCAGAGCAGCAGCCUGAACGGCCACAAACUAACUCAUUCGGACGAAAUGCCGUUUGGGUGUUCAACUUGCGGACGGAAAUUCAAGCGAUCCAGAUCUUUAAGUGCUCAUAUGAUCACUCACCUCGUGAAGGAACCGUCGUCGUGCAAGAUUUGUUCAGAAACAUUCAGUCGGAAAGGAUUCCUCGAGAGACACCUGAAAUCGCAGAAGCACAAACGAAAUGAGCAAUCUACAUGCUCUGGAGAGGAAAACCCAUGACUCCAUUUCUCUGAGGCCGAGGAGAAGUUCACGCUCUUCUCGUCCAACCGUCUGUCAUGAUUUUAUCACACAGAGCGAGCUGUAAUCUUCCGCUCGAAAGUAUAGUAAUAAAUGUAACAAUUAUCGGGA